UUAUAAGCGUAUAUGGUAAAACCGUUUUUGAUUUUCUCUUAUUUUACUGUGCAGACACUGGGAAAUCAUGAGGUUCAGCUUCUUCUCCAUCCUCUUCCUGAGCUUCCUGUACCUCACACUGGCAAAAGAUGAGACCUGCUGUCUGCAAUACAUUAAGAAAGUUCAAAUGUCCAUGAAGAACAGAGUGAGCAGCUACAGGAAACAAGAGCUGGAUGGACGCUGCAACAUCCCCGCUGUUGUCUUCACAUUGGAAGAUGGGAGUGAUUUUUGCACUGACCCCAGAGAAAAAUGGGUCCAAGUCCUUAUGUGGAGGGUGGACCGACUGUCAGGAGGGUCGUCUUUGAUAAGAAAAGUGCGCAGUGACAGGUCCAGACGUAGGCCAUCUUUGCAUGGGUCUGGUGCAUCGCAAAAAAUUGUUCAGCGUCUGAGGGCCCAGCACCCACAGAAGUCUCAGAAGAAUAAAAUAGACAAUCGAUAUUUAUUCAAUCAGCAGCAGCAGCCUUACAAGAGUCAGCAAAUCCCUAAAUUUGCUCCUAAUAAACAAAUAGAUAUACAAAUGAAUGUAUUUUUAAUUGUAUUUCUAUUUUUAUUGUCUAUUGCUUGCAUUUAAUUUGUGUGUUCAAAUUUAUCU